AUGGUGACCAAAGCAGCCUCCGUGUCAAAUUCACCAUGGAAGUCUCUUAGCAAGUGGAUCGCGAACAUAAGCAUAACGCCGACCCUGGCCGGUGCCCACCCUCGACGCCCACACACGGCACGGCCAUAUCACGCGGCAGUUUGGCCUUCCUACGGCAUCACCACCCCCGUGCCUCAGCUACCGGUGCGCCCACAGUCACCCUUUCGGUUCGAGACCGGAUACGCUCUAUGCGCGAAGCGGCCGUCGCGCCCUUUUCCCCCGCCCUUUUUGUCUCCACCGUCGACUUCCUUCUCGGAUCCCUUGACGACGCACGGCCUCAGCCAGGAUAAGAGAUUAUCCGUCAAGGGCGAGCUAGUCCGGGGCUUGAACAAUGGAGACGAUGCCAUAAUCGUCGCGGAGAACUUGAUAGGCGUUGACGAUGGCGUAGGAGCCUGGGCUACGAAACCGCACGGCCAUGCUGCCCUGUGGUCUAGACUUCUGUUACAUUUCUGGGCCCUCGAGGUCGAGCGACAUGGCCAUGACCCUACUCUCGAUCCGGUCGGGUACCUACAAUCGGCGUACGAGGAGACGCUGCGAGCAACCAAGUCUCCGACCGAAUGGUUAGGGACGACCACCUCCGCGACUGCGAUAUUACACCACGUCGAACAAGACGGCAGGCAGAAACCACUUCUUUACGUGACGAAUCUGGGCGAUUGCAAGAUAAUGGUCAUCCGGCCUAGCGAAGAGAAGGUCCUUUUCCGCACCGCAGAGCAGUGGCACUGGUUCGAUUGCCCGAUGCAGCUUGGAACGAACAGUAUCGACACGCCAAGAAAAGAUGCGGUUCUGUCCAAGGUCGCUUUACAUGAAGACGACAUCAUCUUGGCUCUCUCGGACGGUGUUAUGGACAAUCUUUGGGAGCACGAAGUCUUGAAAAUCAUCAUGGACAGCAUCAACAAAUGGGAGGAGGGGCGUGUCUCACAUGAGGAUGUUCCGAAUUCCCGUCUAUCUGACGAACGCAAUGUCUUCAUUGCUCGCGAGCUGUUGAAUUCCGCUCUCACAAUUGCCCAAGAUCCAUUCGCUGAGAGUCCAUUCAUGGAGAAGGCCAUUGAUGAGGGUCUCGCUAUCGAAGGUGGCAAGAUGGACGAUAUCUCUGUCGUGGUUGCGUCCUGCAAGAGGCGCGCCGGUUGA